UGACCUAGAGUAAUAUUUGAAGAGAGUAAAGCCAAGUUAUAUUUCUCGGUGUUAUUGUUAAAGACAAAACGGCAAUAAAUACGCUUGAUUAUUUUAUGUCGGACAAGGCUGGAAGAGGGAAUCGUGCUAAAAGGUCGCUGAUCAGUAUAGGAUUGUUGUGAAGCUACGCUCGAGCACUUCGUCCGUCCACACUUAGCGAAGUAACGACCGUUCCCUGACACGCUUGGCCAACGAGAUUUAUGGACCGCUUUGUUAUAGGGUUGCUGUUUGAUCUAUCCGUAUAAUUGUUGUGGGAUCACCGAAUACUCUUGGGAUUUAUGCUUCAGCGCGAGAUUGUGCCAGUAAGCUAGCGUUAUAUUAGCAAGACAUCUCGGUUUGUCAUAAUUAAGCGUCAUCUAUUUGUUUACAUUAGGCAUACAUGCGCGAUCGACUAGUGCAGCGGCGAUCGCUCACGAGCUUGGCUACUGAGAACAAGAGGUUUAUGGCUUGUGUUCGCAGAUGCGAUGAGCACUAAGCUAGCUCCAACAUUAAGAAUGGACAAGGGAAUCGAGCCAUGACUUUGACAUUUCAGCAAGUCGAACGGUGGCUGGAUGAGCAUGGAGAUUGUGCCGAGGAUUAUUUUGUUAGAAAGGCAACGGCUCGCAUGGUCCAACUAUGGCAAGAAUCAACGGCACUCAAACUCAAGCGCGAAAAAGCACAACGAACCAUUGCCACUGCAAAUGUACCAACGGUUGAAACAGAUGGAUCGACCAAGACAAAACAGUGCCAUUUUAGAAACUCGGUGGAGAUUUUGAAUGAAUGCGAAGCGAGCGCAUCAGAGCAACCGGUCGUUCCUUCCUUUACCCGGCGCUUUUCUGAACCGCAGCGGCAACCCAUCGCUCAACGGCAGUCCUCGCUAGAAGAGAGAAAAAGGCAUUUAUUGUACAAAGCUGUCACUUCUAGUUUUGUUGAUUCGCUUGACUUGAGCUUAAGUACAGUAAAAGAAUUGAAAGAUGAGAAAAUAAAGCGCGUACGAAGCCCUCCACGACAAUUACGGAAAACAAAAUCACUUCCAAAUUGCGGCCACCAACAUGUGCUGGGCCCUCUGAUCGAGUCAAAAAUACGUCUUCCAUCUUCCAUGGGCUUGAAUAAGGAGUCAAAACUCGACCUGAAAAACAGCAAUGAACGUGAAUUUUUCUUCGAGAUUGUUCGUGAUAUUGCAAACGAUCUGGACCUCAAGACGCUUAGCUACAAAAUAUUGGUAAAUGUUGGGAUUCUGACGAACGCUGAUCGGUGUUCACUGUUUCUAGUGGAGGGCCCCAAAGGCAAGCAGUGGCUGGUGUCGAAGGUUUUUGACGUGCACAUUGGCUCGCUAAACGUGUCAUCUGCCAAGGAGGCGAUCGACCAUCAGAGAGAGAUUCGGGUGCCCCUUGGAGUAGGGCUGGUGGGCUAUGCGGCCGAGACGGGAGAGACAGUCAACAUACCUGAUGCUUAUGCGGAUCCAAGGUUUAAUCAGGAUGUUGACAAGCAAACAGGAUAUCAUACUAAAAGUCUUCUUUGCAAACCAGUUAAAAACAAUGAAGGCGAGGUUGUGGGAGUUGCUCAGAUUAUCAACAAGAACCCUGGAGGCGUCCCUUUUACCAAAGAAGAUGAAAAGGUCUGCGACAUGUACCUCACAUUUUGUGGGAUAGGAAUAACUAAUGCCAAGCUGUUUGAGUUGUCUGCGAUUGAAUUCAACAGAAACAGGGCGCUACUUGAGUUAGUUCAUGAUAUUUUCGAGGAACAGACCUCUCUAGAGAAAGUCGUACAUAAAAUCAUGAAGAGAGCGCUGGGGCUGCUCAAGUGCGAGAAAUGCUCAGUUCUACUGUUAACGCAACCCGUACUGGGAAAUAGCUCCGCGGAACAUCGCGCCCAGGAAUUGCGAUUUAGCCGAGUAUUUAAUCUUAAGACAACUGGACGUAUCACCUCAAAUACAAGUUACAGCGAAGGGCAUAAUGACAGAUCUUUUACAAGUCGCGUGGCAAAGCUUGUUGCUGCUACAGGAAAGACGAUGAAUAUACCUGAUGCGUCGCAGGAUACGAGAGUGCAAAAAAUCCUUGCAGAUUCAUCUAAUGUCGAGAAGAAGGGUUUUUCACCAAUUCUUUGUAUGCCAAUUAGGAACAAUAAAUUUGAAAUUAUCGGAGUCGCUGAACUUAUAAAUAGACUUGACAAUAAACCAUUCGACGAAAACGAUGAGACACUAUUCGAGGCCUUCGCGAUCUUUUGUGGGCUUGGGAUCCACAACACUAUGAUAUAUGAUCAGAUGGCACGUGCCAAGGCCAAGCAACAGGUUGCUUUAGAGGUUCUUUCCUACCAUGUCGCAGCUAAAAAGACUGAAGUGGAGAAAAUCAGGGACACACAAGUGCCCAAGGCCGUGGAUAUCAAUCUGCAUAGCUUUAAGUUCGAUGACUUCUCUCUUGCUGCGGACGACAUGCUGAUCGCCUCUCUACGUAUGUUCAAGGACUGUGGCUUCAUCGAGGAGUUUCAUAUUGACUACGAGGUGCUGAGUAGAUGGAUCCUGACAGUCAAGAACAACUAUCGUAAUGUCAUUUACCACAACUGGAGGCACGCAUUCAACGUAGCACAGUCAAUGUUCUGCAUGUUAACGACGGGAGGCAUGGCUUCUGUUAUUACCAAACUCGAGUGUCUAGGGCUUAUUGUGGGCUGCCUGUGCCACGACCUAGACCACAGGGGUACCAACAAUGCCUUUCAAGCAAAGACGGACUCACCCCUAUCCAAGCUGUAUGGGACAUCAACCCUGGAGCAUCAUCACUUCAACCACGCGGUCAUCAUUCUUAGCACAGAGGGACACAAUAUCUUCCAAGGAUUAUCAGCGGACGAAUAUCGACAAGUCAUAAGCUACAUCAAGCAUUCUAUCCUAUCUACGGAUCUCGCCACUAAUUUCAAGCAAAGGCCGAAGUUCUUCGCGCUUGUGGAGAGUGGCGAGUUUGACCCGUACAACAUGGACCACCGGGACAUGCUCAAGGCCAUGAUGAUGACGGCUUGUGACUUGAAUGGCACAACGAAGCCUUGGGAAAUACAAAAAGAAGUUGUAAAUCUUGUGACUCGAGAAUUUUUUGAGCAAGGAGACAUGGAGCGAGAGCGAUACAAUAUGGAACCAAUGGCCAUAAUGGAUCGACAAAAAAUCGACGAGCUACCUAAACUACAAGUUCAAUUUUUCGAGACAACUGGUCUACCAGUUUUUAAGGUGCUAGCGAAGCUGAACAACAAAUUGCAACCUUUGGUGGAUGGCGCUGAAUCGAAUAAGCGCCGCUGGCAGAAGCUUGACGCAGAGCGCGGGCUCACGUCCUGACGAAUGCUGCUCUGCUCUUAGACCCGGAUGGCCAAGCGCCACAACACUGUGUGACACUAACAAGCAUAGACUUUUCGAACAAAUUUUAUGCCGGAUGCUUCAAGCAAGUGGCAACGUGAAAUUACCCAGAAGAAAAGGCAUCUUCCCAAAAAGGAUACUGUACCGGAUCCGUGAUCCAACGUGCGAAGUGGGAACGAACACAUAAAUUAUUACCGCCUGCGAGCGGGAUCUCUCUACAGAAAGUUAUUUUCAGCAACACAUUUUUAACAAUUUCUAUGUGACGUGUGUUAUUGGUUUGUGUGUGAUGUAUAUGGGAGUAUGUAUGGAGUAUAACAAAUUGUUAUUAUAAUUAUUAUUAUUCAGCAACCACUAACAGACGAAAUGGAAAGUAGGACUCGUGGCGGGUGGUUCGCAUAUUUAACUAUUAUUCUAUGAAAACAGAUUUUCUAUCGACAAAUUAUAAAUGUAACGAAAUGCAAAUGUUACGUGACUUUUAAAAAUGAUUCGUUGAAAGAUUCUAAAUUCAGUAUUAGGAUAUGAUAAAACAAAUUUUUAUGGGCGUCGAUUGGUCCCCACAGAUAGGUAUUAGAAUGUUUAGUCAGAUUAUCUAAAAAGUGUAUAGCUUAUAGUUAUAGUCUCAUUUGAAAGGUAGAGGUAUAGUUAAGCCCAAAACAUGUAGCAGUUGAAAAAUGUGACUUUCACCAUGAUUUCCAAUAUUCUUUAGUUUUAAAGAUUAUAUUUGGGCCUUUUCAAAUUUUGCCCUUCAAAUUUAGAAAAACACCAAGAAAAUGGUUAAAAUUUUAUUUGAAAUAAAAACUACAUUACUUUGUUUUCCUGACCCCAGCACUUUUUAGAAAGACGUGUACACCUAUUAAUCUGAGCUUGAAACAUGUUUCAUUGUAUGUUUCAUUGUCUAUAUUUAUCACUAGUUUAAUUAAGCUGAGCCACGUUUCGCAAUAUAAAGAAUCCAAAUCGCAUGAUUAGGCAUGAUGCUUUACAGGAUAAGUAAGACGAUGAAUGCUUCGCCUGCUUGAACGUUUGGACUAUUGAAUAAGGUGUGUACGCGCUACACGUUUGAACUCCCUUACAUGUUUCUUGUGUUUCGAGUGUGCUCACAAUAACAUGUAUUAUAAAUAGAUGGAAAGAAAGUGGAAUUGAAA